AAAUGAACAUUGAACACGUCAAAAUUAUUUUUUUUGUUGAAGUUAUUGAUACGAAACGAUGUUUUGAAAAUGUAUUUGUUGACAAUAAUGGGAUUUGGGAGCGCCUAGAAUAUUCUCAAGACUUUUAUGUGAAAAUUUUUUGUGAUAGGAAAUAAUAAAUGUUUUAGAUGACUGUAAAAAUGAAAGCUCUCGUUGCUGCUGCUAUCAGCCUUGCACUCACAACCGUAGUAAUCGGCAAUGCAUACUACCAGAAGAAACAAUUUUACCCCUCCGUGGUUUACCUCACUAAUUCUAAUCCAAGCAUGGCAGUCAUGUAUUUACAGGGCCUGAUUCUUGUAUUGCUAGUUGGAAAAGUUAUAAGGAAGAUUUUCUUUGGGCAAUUGCGUCCUGCAGAACUUGAGCACUUAAUAGAAAGAUCUUGGUAUGCUAUAACUGAAACAUGUCUGGCGUUUACCGUCUUUAGGGAUGAUUUCAAUCCAAAAUUCAUAGCACUGUUCACUGUGUUAUUAUUCCUGAAAGCAUUCCACUGGCUCGCUGAGGACAGGGUUGAUUAUAUGGAAAGAAGCCCUGUCAUUGGUUGGCUGUUUCAUGUACGAAUCUUAACACUACUCAUGUUGCUAGCACAAGCUGAUUUCUUCUUUAUCCACCAUGCCUAUCAAUUUACUAUUUUACGAGGACCAUCGGUACAGCUCGUGUUUGGAUUUGAGUAUAGCAUAUUACUUGUGAUGAUUGUUAACAUUUUGAUCAAGUAUAUUCUUCAUGCUAUUGAUUCUCGCUGGGAAGCACCAUGGGAGAGCAAGGCUGCUGUACUACUUUACACUGAAUUGGUGAUUAACUUCUUCAAAGUAUUGUUGUAUGUUGGUUUCGUUGCCGUAAUGGUCAGGAUAUAUACAUUGCCACUAUUUGCUUUCCGACCUAUGUAUGAAACUAUGAGGAGUUUCAAGAGAGCUUACAAUGACGUGGUACUGUCUCGACGUGCGAUCAGAAACAUGAACACCCUGUAUCCAGAUGCAACACCUGAAGAGUUGGCUGCGGCAGACAAUGAGUGUAUUAUCUGCCGUGAGGAGAUGCAUGGAGGUGCCAAGAAGCUGCCCUGCAACCACAUAUUCCACGCAGCGUGCCUCCGGCUCUGGUUCCAGCGGCAGCAGACGUGCCCCACGUGCCGGCUGAACGUGUUGCGCGCCCCGGCGCCGGACGUGCCGCACAACGCGCCGAACGCGGCGCCGACGCCCGCGCCCGGGGCCGUGCCGCCGGCGCCCGGGGCCGUGCCACCGCCCCCGCCCUUCCCGAAUAUGCCUCCACCACCAAUGAUGGCGUGGGGCAUGCCACCCCCUCCCCCGCCGCGGCCCGCGUCCCUCGCAACCCUCACUGUGGAGGAGCUGCAGCGAAUGGAAGGCACCGAACGGAGGAAUAUCGAAGCGCGAUUACACCUACUCCGAGAAAUCCAAGCUAUGUUGGACGCGUCCGUACUGUUGAUGCAGCAAUACUCCACUGUCGUUACGAACUUGCCUUUGAAUUGUGCCAAUGUUGCUACCCAGACUGAUAUCAAUCGCACCGAGCCGUCCCCCGUACCGACGCCUGUGAAAGUAAAACCGGAAGUACCAAGCACAUCUUUCACCCCCACCCCUGGCCCGUCGACCAGCACUGAUGACUUCGCAGACGACUUCGAUUUUGAUCGAGUGGAAGAUAUGCCCACGGAAACUCCUAGCGAGACCCUUGAUGCAGACGCCGAAGAGUUAAGGAGACGUCGAUUACAGAAAUUUAGUUUAGAGAAUUGAAUUUUGAUGUAACAGACUCUGCAUUACACUGUCAUAUAUUUUAUUAAUUUUAUUGUACAAAGUGUUUUGGUAUGUGUAAACUUGUGUAUGCUAAUCGAAAAUAAAUGUAUUUAUGUUCUUGUAAAUAUAAUGAGAUAUACACAUGAAUACAUUUAAA